UUACAGAUUGUUGAACAAAGGAAAACCAAGCCGAGACCAAAGGGUAGCAGGAGAGCACCAAAGUCGGCCGAGCAGAAGAGGAAGAUUUCAGAGGCCAUAGCUGCCAAAUGGGCGGAUCCUGAAUACCGGAAUCGGGUUUGCUCAGCUCUAGCUAAAUUUCAUGGCAUUGCGGAAGGGGCUGAAAGGAAACCCAGAAGGCGGCCAAGUGCUGAUGGCCAGACUCAAAAAAGAAGUCUAAGAAAGAAGGAUGAGACCAAUGAUCCUGCAAAGCAUGAGACCAAGACUCGGGUUCAAAGCAUUAGAUCAAAGCGAAGGAGGACGCCUUCGUACAAGGAUCCAUUGGCAAGUACCAAGUUGGAGAUGUUAAAAGACAUAAGAGCACAGAGAACUGCUGCUAUGAACAAAAAAAAUGAAGCCAUCACCAGGGCAAAGAUGUUGAUUGCUGAAGCUGAGAAGGCCGCGAAGGCACUUGAACUAGCUGCCAAGAAAAGCCCUCUUGCUCAGGCGUCACUAACGGAAAGCAGGAUGCUAAUAGCUGAAGCUAUUCAGCUCAUUGAAUCCAUAGAGCACGAGGACAGAAUCUCUUCGGAAAAUGAAGAGAAUUCAACUGAACCAGCAUCUCAUCUCGAAGAAGAUAUAGAUUCAGAUAGUCAAGAUUUGGAAGUCAUCAAACAUACAAAAGUAAAUGGAGUUCACAGCUCAUCAGCUCCUGUGAUCGAAACCGGUGACUUAAGUUUCAACAAGUUCGUGUUGCCAGAUAUGGUGAAUGGGAAUUCUGUGAGUUCUUGUUCCAGUAAUAUACUCAAAACUGAGGAGAACCUCCAUCAGACGAGCCCUAAUGAUCCGCUUUCACUGGAUUUGGGUAGCAUGGUGAAGCACUCCAACUUCACCAAGAAUCUUGCUGACCAUAAACAGAAUGUCAAUGGUAACUCUGAGCAUACGCAGAAACCAUCAGUAAAUGGAGUAGAGUUCUACUCGGCGAAUGCACAAGUACCGGAAAAACAAGUGAACAUAACCAAGAAAUGGGUCCGCGGGAGGCUGAUCGAAGUUGCGGUUAAAGAAGCCUAGGCUUUUAGAUUUAAUGCAUAGUCCUGCAGCCAUCUAGCUAUGUAGGAAGGAUAGAGUAUAAAAUACCAACUUAUAUCGAAGUUUUGAUUCCAGAUGUAACCGACCAUCAAAUUAGUUCA